CCUGCAGCUGUAAUGGCGGCCCCGGCUCCGUCCUGGUGUCUGUCCCUGCUCGUGCUCCUCCUGCCCCUGAUUGCAGCCCAGGAGCCCCCGGCAGUGAAAGGCCGCCCCCAGCUCACCUGCUUCUACAACUCCCGAGCCAACGUGUCCUGCGUGUGGAGCCCCGAGGGCGGCGUGCCCGCCCAGCCCUGCCACAUCCACGCCCGGUCGGACGUCCGGCCCUGGAAUGUGACCUGCCAGCUGCUUCCGGUGACCCCGGCUUCCUGCGCCUGUAACCUGAUCCUUGCAGGGAACCAGGAGGCCCAGCGGCUGACGGCGGCCGACCGCGUCAACAUCAGCCUGGUGUGCUGGGAAGGGCGGCGCUGGUGGAUGGUGGCCACCCAGGACUUCAGGCCCUUUGAGCGUCUCCGCCUGAAGACCCCCGACGCCCUGCGGGCCAGCCACGUGGAGAGCCGCGCGUGCAACGUCACCUGGAGCGUGUCCCAGAUCUCACACUACAUCCAGCACGAGUUGGAGUUUGAGGUCCGGAAACGGUCUCCGGCCCACCGCUGGGAGGAUGCCCCUGUGCUGAGCCUGAAGCAGUGGCAGCAGUGGAUCUUUCUGGAGAGGCUCACCCCGGACACCGCGUACGAGCUUCAGGUGCGGGUCAGGCCCCGGCGGGGCGCCCACACUGUCUGGAGCCCCUGGAGCCGGGCCUUGGCCUUCCGCACAAAACCCGAGGAUACGGCCCCUGCGCUCUGGACCAGGGCUACCCUGACCGUCGGCGGCGUCCUGGGCCUCAUCAUCUCUGCCUACUUCCUGGCUAACUGCCGGCACCUUGGGCCAUGGCUGAAGACGGCAUUGAGGGGCCACAUCCCAGACCCCUCCAAGUUCUUCUCCCGGCAUGAAGACGUCCAGAAAUGGCUGGCAGCACCCCUCCCCGCGUCAUCCUUCAGCCCUGCCGGCCCGGCCCCGGAAGUGUCCCCGCUGGAGGUGCUGGACAGGGACGCCAAGGCCCCGCAGCUGCUGCUGCGGCAGAGCAAGGCGUCCUCACCCUCGCCCAGCGGCCGCUCGCAGGCCAGCUGCUUCACCAACCAGGGCUACUUCUUCUUCCAACUCCCCGACGCCCUGGAGGUGGAGGCGUGCCAAGUGUACUUCACCUACGACCCCUGCGGGGAAGAGGAGCCCCGGGCGCUGCCCCCGGGGCCUCCCCUCCUGCCCCUGCCGCCCAGCUUGGGGGACGAACAUGCCUACUGCACCUUCCCCCCCGGGGAAGACCUGCUCCUCUUCUCCCCCGGCGUCCCGGGCGGGCCCAGCCCUCCACGCACUGCCCUUGGGGGCAGGGGGGCCAGUGAAGUGAGGCUGUCCUCCCCCCAGCAGGAGGGGUACCCCCAAGAUGGGGGUGCCCAGCCCCUAGGGCCUCCCACGCCGGUAGCGCCUGGGUCACUUGUCCAGCAGGCACCGGCUGAGGCUAGGGAGGAGGCCCCUGCCUCCGGCCCCGAGGGGUGUGCUGGCUCGGCCUGGACCAGCCCUCCCGGUCAACGCCUGGGCAGGGCCCCCGCUGCUGGCCUGGCCCUGAACACGGACGCCUAUCUGUCCCUCCAAGAACUCCAGGCCCAGGACCCCGCUCACCUGAUGUAGGUGGGCACCAGGCCUGAGGAAGAGCUGGUGCUGUCCUGGCCCGUCCCCGCCCAGAGGCCCCUCCCAGCCCUCCUGUCAGCUGACCACGGCCAGAUACCACCUGCUGCUCUGGGCCCCUGGGGGGGUGGGGGUGCAGACCCUCCCCCCUCUUUAAUUACCGAGUCCCACGAAGCUUGU